AUGAGUUAUUCUAAUCUAUCUCCUUCAAGCUAAUCAAGUGAAUCUAAUUCUUAGAGGAGUCGAAACUAUACAGUAAUUUUUAAUGUAAUUCAUGACCCUGUGUUGGAAAAUAAAAAUGAUAACAAUGAAAAAAAUCAAAGACAAUCUUAAAAGAAUGUGAAAAUGUUGAAAAUGGUUAAGACUGUCAAUCAAUAUUUAUAAACCUAUGAAAUUUACUUAAAACUAUUGUUUGGAAGGUAGAUUAAGGGCAAAGAUGAAUAAAAAGCGAAUUAAAAAUUUGGCCGAUUUAUUGAAUAGGUUGAUGCAAAUGUCUUACCAGAAGCAGUAUUAAAGUAAGUAUUGUUAAAUAAUAAAGGUUUCCAAAUCCAGAUUGUUACUAAUGUGAAUAAUUGGAAAUCAUGUCCCCUAUCGAUACUAUACUCUUUAUAGAAAAAGUCCUAAGAUUGGAUAUGAAGAAAAUAGACAAUUAAAUAUUUAUGAAAGCAAUUGAAGGAGUAUUUACUAAGCUUAACCCAUGUUUAAAAAGAAGCAAAAGUAAGUAUGGCUUCAAGUCAAACUCAAAUUUAAAAUCAGAAACAAUUCUUGAUUAGAUCCCUUUAGAUUAAGAAAAUAUUUAAACGCCAUUUGAAAGCCUUCAUCAAAGAAGAUGGUAUACAUAAUCAAGUCAUAAAAAAGUGGAUCCAUUAACUAAUUUAGUUAUGUAAAUGCAACAUAAAUUAAUUGGAUCGGAAACAGUUAAUUUGAAAUUGUAUAGAUAAACUGAUAUAUUUGACUUAGAUUAUUCUAAAAUAAAAUAAAUGAAACCUAAAAUGAUGUAAGGAGGAGGAUAUUUUGUUUUAAAAAAUGGAAAAUGGAAUAGAAGUGAUGAAGAUACUAAUGAUGUUUUAACUUUAAUAAGAUAAAUUAUGCUUAUAUAAAUUAUGAUUAAUGGCUUUAGUGUUUAAAGUUGUAUUACAGAUGAUGGAAAAUACAUUUUAUGUAGAUUGUAUGCUCAUGAGGAAAAUUUAAAAACUUUGGCAGAAAGAUAGAAAUUGAAAAAAAAAUUAAAUUUUUGGUUUACAGAUCUUUUUUCUAUGGAACCAGUUGAUAAUUGUUAUAGACCUUUAAGAAUGAAUAAUAGAAUUUGGAAGCCUAAUGAUUAUGAUGACGUUACAGAAAUGUUUUUAUAUCUCAGACCAAAAAUUAUUAAACUUUUGGAUGAAAUAAAUUUCAAAAGAGUUUCUAGAGAAACUAAUUAAAGUAGAAUAAAUGGACAAUUAUUUUAAUAUGGAAAAAUAGAUUUAUAAGAUGAUGAAGUUUAACCAACUGAUGAAUAAUGGUUUGCUUUCUAUUAAUAUUUGGUUCAUUUGGAAAAAGAAAUAUCAAAAAUUAGAAAAAAUUUCAAAAUUGAUAGUGAUAUUUCAGCCAUAAUUAAUAAAUAAUUAAAACCUUAUGACCUUUAUGUUAUUAGAAAUUAAAAAAAAGAAGAAAUAAAAAAAUUAAAUAAAAAUAAUAUUAAAGAUGAAUCAAAUAGAAUUCAUUAGUUAGAAAUUAAAAAAAUAUAAUAAAGAGUAUUUUAUGUUACUUAAGAAUAUUAACCUUUUUUAACAGAAAAUUAAGUUCCACAUACUAAAUUAAUAAAGCUAUUUAAGAAGGAGAGAUUAGCAUCAAAUUAUUAAAGUAUUUUUGAAGAAGCACUUAAAGUAGCAAAUAGUUAAAAAAAAUUAUUAUUUACUAUUUGGGACUUAAUUGAAGUUUAAAGAUUAGAACCAUAUGUUGUAUAUUCUAAACCAAGCAUGCUUAUUUCUCCUAAAAUGAAACUUUAGCAUAUAAUGUGUUGGUGUAAGUAUUAAAUAAAUGAAUAUAAAAAAAUUUCUUUGUUUUCUACUUCAGAGAGAUUGAAAUUAACAGAUUAAACAAUAAAUAAUAUGUUUUUAUUAAAUGAUUUGAUUAGUAAGAAAGUUGUUUCAUAAUUUUUUUGUGUUAAUGAUCAUUAUGAACUUUUUGGACAUUUGAGUAUUUCAUAAAAUGAUUUUAUGUUAGAAGAUGACUUUUAUAGAAAAAAAAUGUAUCAUUUAGAAUUUGAAUGGUCAUUUAAUAUAUAAAAACCUUGGAGUGCUCCAGUAGUUCUAAUUUGUGAUUAUUAUGGUUAAAAAAUAGGACUGUAUUUUUAUUAUUAAACAUACUACACAAAAAUGUUAUUAAAAAUAGCAUUCAUUGCUUUAGGUUGUAAUUUAGUAUAAUGGGUAAUAGAAGAUGAUAAAAGUGAUUUACAUUACUUAUUGAGAAUUUCAUUUGCAUUUGUUCAAAUUUAAUGGACAAAUUUAUUUGUUGUAAUUUGGUAAAAAAAAUAGGUAAUCUUUAAUUUAUAAUUUGGUCAAUCAGGGAAAGAUGAGAUUUAGGUUUAGAGAAGCAAUUUUGUAGGAAAGAGUCGAAGAUCAGUAGAAAAUGAUUAAAUGAAUAAUGUAGGAGUUGAUGAAUUUGAACUAUAUUCUAGAAUGAUUUUAGCGACAUUGAUUUUAAUUUUAUUGAUUAUUUUUUAUUGUGGAAUAGGAAUUGGUCUAUAUGUUUUAACUAUUACAUUAAAAUUAAAGAUGUAGGAAGAUAAAACAGUAAGAGACACAACUUUUGAAGUGAUGGUAACAGCUACAAUAAAUAUUAUAAUCAUAUAAUUUUUAGAUAGGGUUUAUGAUAUUAUUGCAAUUAGAUUAACUGAUUUUGAGAAUUAAAAAACUGUUAAAGACUAUGAAGAAAGUUUUGUAACUAAGAAAUAUAUUUUAUAUUUUAUAUCAUAUGUAGGUCCAUUAAUAAUUAUUGCUUUUUUAAAUGAACAAUUUAAUCUUUAUUGCAAGGAGACUAAUUGUUAAGAACAUAUUUAAUAUCAUUUUGCAACACUGAUUAUUUGGGUUUUUUUUUUUAAAACUGUCAAAAUCUUUUAGCUUAUAAUUAAUGUAAAAAAAAUUCCUAUUUUUAAAUAUAAAUUUGAUGAAAUUAGUAUCUCUAAAUAUAUUUAAGAAUAAUCAAAUCGUAAAUCUUAUGCUAUAAGUCAAGAAAGAUAUGGAACUUUAGAAGAUUAUAUGGAAAUUUUUCUGUAAAAUACACUUCUUUCUAUCUUUGGUUAUAGCUUUCCAUUUAGUUUUUUUCUUUUAUGGGUUUAAAACAUAGCAUAAAUGUAAGCUGAUAAAGCCAAAUUUAUUUAUUUUUUAUAAAGGCCUUGGCCAUAAAAUAAUUCAUCACUUGGAGUAUGGAAUAAAAUAUUAGAAUUAAUUAAUUAUGUUUGUAUAUUAACAAAUACUGGUUAGAUGACUAUGGAAUAUAAUAAAAAGUAUGGAUAUGAAAUCAUCUUAGUUUAUUUGAUGUUUCUUAUAUUAAAUUUUUCUAUGAAUUUCAUAAUGAAUGCUACAUUUGGUUAAAUUCCAUAUGAAUUAGGUCUUUUUAUUAAUAGAUAAAAAUACUUAAUAAAACAUACAAUAGAAUAGUUUUCAAAAAAUUAAUCAAGUGGAUAAUAAUCAAAACAUUAAGAUUUAAAAAGAUUUCCUAUCUUAAAAAUAUUUUCUACAGUAAAUGAUUAAUUUUCUGGAGAAUUUGAAACUGUAAGUUCAGAGGAUGAUUUAGAAAGUCAUUAUGAUUUAAAUUAAAUGAAAUUUUUAUGUAAAAACGAAAAUAAGAAAGAGUAGAUAGUUUAAAAAAAGUAAGGUAUUGUUAAUAAUGAAAAACAGAAAAAAUCAGCAAUUUAAGAAAAAUUAAUAUAAAAAUAGAAGUUAAAUGAAAUGAAAUAAAGACAACUAUUAUAAGAUGAAGUAAUGUCAGAUUAGGUUAUGUUAAAUUAUUUUUUAAAAAGAAAGUUUAAUUGGGCUUUUGAAAUUAAAUCAUGGAAAAGAAAUUUUCAUAAGAAAUUUGUUAAAACAAUGUAAUUUUUAUAUCAAAAGUAAUUAUUAAACUCACACAGAUCUUAAUGGUGUGACAUGAGAGUAUCAUAUAGAUAUUUAUAUAUAAAAAGAAAGACUAUCUUGUUAAGAUAAUUGGAAUUAAGAAAAUUAAUAAUUUUUAGAAGAAAUGAGAAAAAAAUUAUAGAGUAAUAUAAAGAAAAAGCAAAAACUAAAUUUAGAAAAUAAUUCAAAAUGCUAGAUCCUAAAAGUAAAAGAUUAGAAGAAAUUCAAGAAUUAUAAACACUCUAGAAAAAAUAUGACACUUAUGUAAAUAAGCAUGCUUGGCUUAAUAGUACAAAAGUAGUAGUAAUUAAAAUGAAAGGUAUUUGGUUUAGUUAAUUUCGUAAAUCUACCAUUAAAACAAGAUCAUUAAAUAUGGUUAAAGAUUUUUUUUUUAAAACAAAAUUGAUAGAUAAAUUAAAAGGAGAUUCAGGACUACAAGAUCAAAUAGAAGCAGCUUUAGGAGAUCCUCAUAAAUUAUACAGUAUUACUUUGGAAGAUUUUAUCAAAAUCUUUUAAACUUUAGGGAAUGCGUAAAAUAUUUUUUAUUUUUAGAUCUAAAGAAUAAUUUGAACUUCCAUUAUGCACAAAACAAAUAAAUAUGAUGGAUUAUUAUAAAAACAAAAAAAAAUCAGAGACAUAUAUUCAUAUCGUAGAUAAAUUUAGAGAUACAUAUGUAUUUGAUUAUCAGUAUUAAAAAUUGCAAGAGAUUACUAUGUAAUAUUUCGAAGAAGAAUUGUUUCCUACAGAACCAAUAAAAUUACAAAGACAAUUAAGUGAUACUGUUUGGAUUGCAUCAGAUAAAUUCAAAAAAUAAUGUUUAAUUUAAUUUUUACAAAUUAGACAUGAAUAAUAAUUUAAAAUUAGUCCUGAUUGUAGUAUAAACUAUGGAAUAUUUUAUGUAAAAGCUUAUCCUUAAAUCAGAUUAUCAAAUAUAGUAGAUUAAGUAGAUGAUUUUUAUAUUAAAGGUUAUUGUGUAUUCAAAUACGAAAUUUUAUCUUAAUACACUUUAAAACAUAUAAUAAAAUAUAGAUCUACUUAUAGUAUAGAGUAUUCUUUGACUGAUUUGCAUGAAUUCUUGCACGCUAACUUGAUGUUAUUAAAAUAAUAAAGUCACGGGAAUAUAAAUAUAAACAAUUAUUAUCUUUAUGGUAGGAAUUAUGUAUUAUUAUAAUCAAAUAAAGAAGAAAAUGAUUUAAUAAAUUUAGCGCAAGUAGUAAUUGAAAUGAUUUUGUUGCAUCCAGUUGAAAAUCCAAUUAAAGGCUAUUAAGAAUUAAAUACAUUACAUUCUUUACGCCCAUUACUUAUGUUAAUGAUCUUUGAAUCUCAUUCUAUUGAUGAAUUGAUUGAUAAAUUAAUUAGCAAACAUUCUUUUAUGGAAUAUAAUAUAAAUUAAGAUGAUAGAUACAAAUCAAUUAAAUAAGAUAAUAACAUUCUUGGACAACUUGCCUUGGCAACACAUUAAAUAAAUUUAAAUUUCCGUAUGAAAUAACAUUAAGAAACACUUCUUGAAAUUUCUGAAAUUGAAAAGUUGUUAAUGUCAAAAAAAUUCUAAGAAAAUGAAGAUUUUUUAGAUUCAUUUUUAUCAUAUUUGAUUUCUCAUUAAAAUUAAAUAAUUUCUAAAUAAUCUGAAAUUAAAUUAUUAAUCAACAUUUUACUUAUUAUUUAUAUAAAGUUUGCUACCUUAUUAUAAAUGCGAAAAAACUUUUUACUUGAAAUGGAAUAACUAAAUAACUCAUUAAUUCGAUCUAUUGAAAAUAUUAAUGAUUUAAUAAAAUAAUUGAGUUUAAAUGUUAAAUUGGAUUAGCUUAGUAGAACUGAAUAAAAAAUAUUAUUAAGAAGAAGAUUAACAAAAUCAAAGUCUUAAAUAGAUUUAACCGCUGCUGAUAGAAUGGUUUUAAUUGAAAAAAUAAGAAAGAAUCCAAACUACAUUAAAGUAAUUUGUUAAUUAAAAAAAGAAUUAUAAAGAUAUUCUUUAUAAUUGUAGGCGCUACAUUCUAUAUAUUUAUAUUUUAAUAACAACUUUUUAUAUUCUGCAUAAAUUUUAGAAAAUAUUCAGAAAAUUUAAACUGAAUUAAUUCAUUCUGAUCAUAAUAUUUAAUUGGUAAUAGAAGAACCUUAAGAUCUUAGUCCAAGUUAAUUUAAUUUUGACUAAUAAUCACCUACAUUAGAUGCAUCACUUAAAUAAUAUUAAGAAUAAAAAUUUGAUUUACAAAAAGAAUUUAAUGACUCUCCUAGUUAUUGUUUAUAAUUACUUUUUUACAAAUAUUUGCAAUUAUUAGUAUGGUAUGAUGGAGAAAAAGAAAAAUUUUAAAAUGAUUGUAUAGAUUUUAUUCAAAAUUAAAUUGAAUCACCAGUUUUUGAUUUCUUUAUUUCAUAAUUAAAAGUGAUGUAAAAAUUUGAGAUACCUGAAGAAUAUAUUUAAUUUAAUAAGACUUGUGAAAUUGGUAAGUUUAUCGUAGUUAGAAUGAAUAAAUGGAUAGAGUAAACUUAUUUAACUCCAUCCAAUUAUGAACCUUCAAAUGACUUUCAAUUCAACUGGAAAUAAGUCUUAACUCUUAGUACUAUAGAAUAGUCAUUAGAAAAUAGAAAAUUUUUAACUAAAAUAAUAGGAUAAAAUAAAAUAAGUUUAGAUUAUAUAUUAUUCGAAAUUAGAGCUAUUCAUUAAAUAUUGCACUUAGAUAAUUAUAGACCAUUAGAUCAUUUAAUUAAUCUUUAAAACUUGGAUGUAUCUAAUCUAAAACACUGUUUUUUAGAGCAUAGCCUAAUUAAUAGACUAAAAGUGCUUCAUAAUGAAAUAUCAAUAGAAUCUAAUUCAUGGUUUCAUUGUUCAGGAUUGCUAUAAUUUAACGUAUUUUAUAUUUAAUCUUUAUGUUUCACAUUUUCUAAAAAACAUUUCGAAAAUAUGUGUUGCGAAUCUAGUAAUCUUUUAUUUUUAGCUGAAAUUGCUCUAAAAUAAAUAUCUUAUGAUUCUUAAAGUGAUGCUCAUCGUAUGAAAGCCUUUUAGAUUUUAUAAAGAUAGCAUUCAUUGUUUGAGUUGAAAUCAAAUCUUAAAUCUAAUUAAAUAAUCUAAAUUAUUAGUACAUAUUUUUUUGUAUCUCAAUAUUAUAGCAAUUAAGAAAAAGAAUAAUACUUGAAGAACAUUCUUGAUUUAUUUGGAGAAUAAGUAAAGCCUUCUUUAGCUAUAUUGGCAUUAAUUCAUUUUUAUAUAUCAAAAGGUUAAAAAGAGAUUGUAUAAUUGAUAAUUAAAACAGCUGUAAAAUUAAUCCAUUUAGAUUCAUUAAUGUUUUAGAAUUCUCAUUAAUCAUUUAUAGAUGAUUUACAUAUAAGCUUGCUUGAAUGUAAUCAAGAUGUUGUUGAGUAUUUAUAUCCUUAUGAUUGUUUAUUUAAAAGAACUACAGAUAUUAGAACUUUUUCAUCAAAUGAACAAAUUUUAAAUCUCAAAUAUCUCAUUUAUAACUAAUUUUUUCAUCAAGAUCCUGAUUUCAAUGUAGACCUAUUAGAAGAUAAUUUGAAAAUCUUUACUUCAUAUCCAAAUCUUAUUAGGUUGAAGAAUAUUUAUCAAUUAUUUAUAUAUGUGUAAAAAUCAAUUAAAGGAGAAUCCUCAUUCGAAGAAAUUGAUAUGUAAAUUAUUAAUUUAUUUAGUUUUCUUAAAAUGCAAUUUGAAAAGAUAACAAUUUAUUCUUCAAUUAUAAAAAGUUUAUUAGCAAGAUAUUAUAUAAAUUUGAAAGAUUAUGAAGAAGCUAAACCUUUGUUGGAAGAACUAAUUUCAUCUCUUUACUCUAUCUAAUUAAAAUCUAAUUUAUUGUUAUUUGUUGAUAAAAAUAAUUUUGUAAAAUUUAUCUAUAAAUAUUAUAGAAAAUUUACAAUGAUGUACCUAUUUUUAAAGUACUUUUUGAUGUUCAAUAACAUGAGAUAGUAACAGAAGAUACUGAUAAUAUUUAUUAACAUUUAAUUGAUGAGUAAUUCAUAUAAGAAACAAUAAUUAAUUAUUUAGAAGUAUUAGCUAAUACAUAGAAUGAAACAAUGAAUAUACCUAGUGUUUAGGUUAUUCUUUCAUUUUUUUUCUAAGUAAAAACUUUUGGAACACAAAACCAUUUAUUUAAAGUAUUAUCAUAAAUAUUUCUAUGUUAUUCAUCUCCAAUUGGAGUUGAAAUGGUGUAAGAAUAAUUAGGUAGCACAUAUGAAUAAUAAGUAAUAAUUAAAAUAAUAUAAUAGAUUCAAUCAUACAUUUAAUAAAGGAAUCAAUUGAGAGAAAGAUUAAAUCAUUUAUUCCUAAUUAAAUAAUUAAGUGUUGAUGAAAGUAGCAAAAUUAACUCCCAUAUAAAUCUCUAUAAUUUUGCUAUAGGAAUAUAUGAAGGAAUAAAUAAAGGUAUAUCAAGCAAAACAUUGUUGACAUGGAGUAUUUCGGCAGCUGAAAAAGCACUUAUAGGAUAUAGAAUAAUGUGUAAAUCAUUUUAAAGACGGAUUCAUUAUUAGAUUGCAGAUCUUCACUUGACAUUGACAGAUUGUUUUAUAUAGUUGGAAUAAUUAUCAACAAUUAUUUUUCAUUUGGAAGCAGCAGAAGAUGAACUUAUGAUUUGGUUCAAAAACAAUAAACAUCCACUAAAAGCACACUUUUUAAUGAAAUAAGGAAAUCUCAGACCGUGGAUUUAAGAACAAUAUAUCAUUUAUAUAUCAUGGAUGAAUGAAUUACCUAGACUAAAUAGAUUAAAUAUCUUCACUAUUAUUAGAGGGUUAUUACUACAAAAUAGAAAAUUAUUAUAAAUAUUUGAAUAAAAUAGUUAAGAUCUAGUUAAUCUAGAAAUAAAUUUGCUUUUAUAUCUUAAGGGAUUAGAUGAGAGUUAAUAAGUUUAUGUUGAUAUUUUUGAAUUGUGCAAAAACAAUGAUCCAGAAUUAUUAUUAAAACAAGUGACUACACUAUCAGCUUUCGAUUUUAAUGGCGUAAAUAUUUUGAUGGACGUAUUUGUUUAUUACAAAUUUAGGCUUAAGCUAUAUUUUAAACUUUCAAUUAAAAUAAUUGUUUCACUUAAAGAUUAUAAAUUAUGAUAGAUUAAAUGAUUUCAAAAUAAAUAAAUUGA